AAAAGGCAAUGGGUGGCAUUCGGACAAUGAGUUGAAUUCAAAAGGAUUUACCCCUUGGGUGGUUAAAUGUGACGAAGAGCGGAUAAGCUCAGCGGUGGAUAUGAAGAAUGGUUCUGGGCUCCAACGUAAAUCUUUCAGUUCUUGAGGAUUCCCCGUAGACAAGUUUGGUAGUAGUUCCCAGUCAACAAGAGGAUCCAGUUGGAGUGCCACCAGAGAGAAUCCCAGACGAUUUUCUUAGGCAUAUAUCAGAAUAAUCACCUGAUAGAGCCACUCUAAAGUGUCUUUCUGGAGGCACUUGGAAUGUGAAACAACAAUGUGAUGGAAGAGGGCUUGCUUAUACACAAAGGUUGGAAGAAAUUUCAGAAAAAUAGCCAACUACAAAAUGGGGAAUAUCUCGUGUUUAGGUACGAUGGCAGUCUGCAAUUCACAAUAAGAAUUUUCAGCAAGAACGGACUGGAAAGACAAGUGAAGUCAACAAACAUGGUCAAAAAUCAACAAGCUUCAAUAUAUGAUGAAGGCAGCAAGCGUAGAAGGCCAGAAAAAUACCCUUACACUUCAAAAUUCCCUAAACAGACUCUUGCUAACGGUGAAAAUGACACAGAACAUGCAACUCCAAGAAAAAGAGCUGCACUUGAGAAAGAAGAGGACCUUCUCACAGAUCUUACUCCAAAUAUUCCUCAAUUUGUGAAAUGCUUGAAAGGCUACAAUGUGAAAAAGUCUUGUUUCCUGUAUGUUCCAAAAUCCUUCUGUGAACAACUUUCAAAAUCAGACAAUAAGACAACAGUUAUCCUCCGUAAUUCAGAAGGAAAAAGGUGGAAAGUGAAUUGUAUAACACAAAAUGGAUAUCACGCUCUCUGUGGAGGAUGGAAACAGUUUGUGAGUGAUAAUAAGGAUAAGGAAGGAUGUUUUUCAGCUUGUCAAUGCAAAUGAACUGAAGGUUUCUGUUUUCGAUCAUCCUUCAGAAUCUCUGUUGAAACUUGCUGCACAAAGAUGAUAAAUUCUUAGUUUUGAACUGCUACAAUUUUAUAUUAUUUUGGAAUUUGAACUCUGUAGCUGCUGAAUGGACAACCUUGUUUUCAU